AUGGCAGACGCCAAAACGUUGGUCCCUGCCAAGUACCACGAGUUCCUCGACGUGUUUGACCCCGGGGGUGCGGCUCGUCUAUCUCCUCACCGGUCCUUCGAUCACAAGAUAGACCUCUUGCCUGGCGCAACACCUCCGGACCGGCCCUUGUACCCUUGCUCAGCGGCCCAACUGGCGGAGCUGAAGGAGUAUCUCGACGACGUGCUCGAGCGCAAGUUCAUUCGCCGAGUCGAAAGUCACGCGGCCUCGCCUGUGAUCUUCGUGAAAAAGAAGGAUGGGACCAACCGACUGUGUGUAGACUACCGCGGGCUGAACGCGAUCACAGUCAAGAAUCGGUACCCGAUUCCCUUGAUCGGCGAACAGCUCGAUAGGCUUCAGGGCGCUACGCACCUGACGGCUCUCGACCUCCUCGGUGCCUACAACCUUCUCCGCAUUGCGAAGGGGCACGAGUGGAAGACCGCGUUCAAAACGCGUUUUGGCCUCUUCGAGUACCUCGUUAUGCCGUUUGGACUGUGUAACGCACCGGCGACGUUUCAAGCGCUGAUGAACUCUAUCUUCCACGACUUGUUGGACAUCUGCGUGGUCGUCUACCUCGACGACAUCCUCAUUUUCACCAGAGGAAGUCAGGAGGAUCACGAUUGA